UUGUCCAAACAUUUAGAUAGAAAUAUUUCCUACCACAACUGGGUACGGCAGAUCGAAAAAGACGUGCUCGGCAAGGUUUCAUAUAAAGUCGCUCCAGAUAAUCUCCAGACAGAUGUUCAGUUUAUAUUCCAUAGCGUCGACCAUGUAACAAUCAACGAAAAGGAACAAGUGAUGGCCAUUUCUGGGCGAUAUUGUAUGAUCUGGCGCGAUCCUCAUAUCACAUGGGAUCCUGCAAAGUACAAUAAUCUUGACACAUUGCAUGUUGGAUCCUAUGAUGUCUGGACUCCUAGAAUUAUCGUUUUAAAUGGGAUUUCUGGAGUGUACAGCCAUUUGGAUGCACCCGUAACAAGAGUCAAAUUAUUUGUGCCUCCUUUCCGAGCUAACGAACCAGCUUUUGUAAUCAGCUGCCCAAGAUAUACUGGUCGAGUAGGAUGCUCUUUGGGUAAGAGGAAAGAGUUUUGGUAG